GUGAGCUGCUGCUGCUGCUGCUGCCGCCGCUGCUGCUCACUCGGCUCUCCUGCUCCGCUCUGGGAAAAAGCGGCCGACGGAUUAUCCAGCUCGGCAGCGUUAGCUCGUCGGCUAACGGUCAAGACGGCGACCGGGGAGAGCCAUGAAAAGCCGCAGGAGCCGGUGAAAGUUAGUCACGGCCAGCCGCGGGACUUUAAUGCACGGAAAUCAACAAAAAAGGAGGUUCGCGGGUCAUGUCGUCGCCCCCUACGGGAACUUUGCUCUAGAAUUUCCACUUGGGAAAGGCUAGCUUAGGGGCUAGCGAGGCUACAAACUAUUUUUAAUUGGCUUUGGGUUCAAUGGCUGUCGCUUGUUUUUCCCUGUCAUAGCGACAGCUCAGGACAUUAAAAAAACGGGGGAGAGGCCCUGUGAACUUCAUGACAAACCGAAGCCGGGAUUUGAAGCGCAAUUUCGGAAGGCUACACUGGGAAGGGAGCGAAAAUGAAGAAGCAGUUCAAUCGGAUGAAACAGCUCGCCAAUCAGACAGUCGGCAGAGCGGAGAAAACAGAAGUCCUCAGCGAUGACCUCCUGCAGAUUGAACGGCGCAUGGAGUUGGUGCGUGUGGUGUCCCACAACACACACAAGAGGAUGGUGUCAUGUCUACAGGGACACAUCGGUGCAGAUGCAGAGAAGAGACAUUCCGUACCACGCCUCUAUACAGGAAAUGGUCAGAAAAAGCUUCCUCUGACUUCGCUAUCCCAGGCGAUGGUGGAAGGCGGAAACCAGUUGGGAGAGGACUCCUUGAUAGGGAAGAUGAUGGAAGUGUGCGGCGAGGCAGAGAACCGCCUGGCAUCAGAACUGAUGCAACAUGAGCUGCAGAUAGAGAAGGACGUUCUGGAUCCCCUCAGCCAGCUAGCAGAGGUGGACAUUCCCAACAUCCUGAAGCAGAGGAAACAGCUGGCCAAGUUGGUGCUGGACUAUGAUUCUGCCAGAGCAAGAUGGUUGCAGGCAACCAAGUCAAUAAUCUCAGGAACAAACACUCAAGCACUGACGGCCAAAGCUGACCUACUCAAGGAGGAGAUGGAUGAGUCCAUGAACAAAGUGGAGCUUUGCAAGGAUCAACUUGCUGCAGACAUGUACAGUUUUUUCUCGAAAGAAGGGGACUAUGCUCGCUACUUCGUAACACUCUUAGAAGCUCAAGCUGAUUACCAUAGAAAGUCUCUCACUGUUCUGGAGAAUGUCUUGCCAACCAUCCAGGCACAGCAAGACUCGUGGACAGAGAAGCCUGCAUUUGGCACUGGGCUGGAUGAACACCUGAAAAGGAGUGGAAGGGAGAUCGCCCUGCCAAUAGAGGCCUGUGUCAUGAUGCUUCUAGAGACUGGCAUGAAGGAAGAGGGUCUAUUCAGGAUCGCAGCAGGGGCAUCCAAGCUAAAGAAGCUAAAGGCAGCGCUGGACUGUUCCACAUCACAACUGGAGGAGUUCUACUCGGACCCCCACGCUGUCGCUGGAGCACUGAAGUCCUACCUGAGGGAACUCCCUGAACCUCUGAUGACUUACCAGCUUUAUGAUGAAUGGAUCCAGGCAUCCAGUGUGUCAGACCCAGACAAGAGGCUCCAGGCACUCUGGGUCGUUUGUGAUAAGCUACCAAAGAACAACAGAACCAACCUGAGGUAUCUGGUGAAGUUUCUGACCAAACUGGCUCAGGACAGCGAGAUAAACAAAAUGACUCCUAGCAACAUCGCCAUCGUCCUGGGACCCAAUCUGAUGUGGGCCAAGACUGAAGGGAGUCUGGCUGAGAUGGCUGCAGCUACCUCUGUGCAUGUGGUGGCCAUCGUGGAGCCCAUCAUCCAGCAUGCUGACUGGUUCUUUCCAGAGGAUGUGGAGUUCAAUGUGUCCGGCAUGUUUGCGAUGCCUACACCUGCAUCCAACCACAACAAUCACCUUGACUACGACUGCGGCACCAUCGAGAGGAAGAGGCCUGUCAGUAUGGUGGGACCGGAGAACGAGACGACCCGCAAAGACAACACCACUAACAAGCACUCGGACCACACCCUCCGUAGAGGCAGUAACACCUUAGGUAGAAAGCAGCACACUUCACCCGCCUUCCAGCCUCCUUUACCCCCUGUGGAGGCUCCAGGGCAGGGGCACGGCGCCGGGCAGGUCCCCCAGCCCUCAGCUGAGCCCCAGCCCCAGCCACAAGCUCCAUCAGGGGGCGUAGGGCCUGACGCUUCCCAGCAUAGCUUGGCGCAGGGCCUGGCUGCUCUGGCAGCCGCUCAGCAGCUUCUAGCCCAGCACACAGAGGAGCUCAGCAACGCAAAGCUUCGUGACUCCACUCCUGCCCAGACCCCUCUGCUGCAGAGGAACGGCUCUGGUGGAGGGGGCCAGGCUGCAGGGCAGCUGGGCACUGGGACGUCUGGGGCUGGAUCCAUGGGGCCCAGUCCGCAUAUGAUGCGCAAAGGUACCAAGAAGCAGGCUCCUGCUCCACCCAAACCUACAAACCCUCCACCCAGCCAGCCCUGUAAUUCAGUGAACCACGCCUCCUCCUCAGGCUCAUCCCAGGCCCUGAGCCCCACUCCCAAGCCCCCAGCCAGCCACUCACCCUCCUCGCCCAGCUCUCCCACCCCUCAGCCAUGUGCCACGCCCAGACGCCACUCCAGUAACCAGCCCCCAAUCCAAGCGCCCAGCCAUCCACCCCCAGAGCCUCCGACACAGGCCAGCCCUCCGACGCAGCCAGCGUUGCUCGGGGACCAGCGGAGCGCGGACCCCUCACCUCCGGGCACCCCAACCCCUCCAGACACCCCUCCGCCCUCCACUGCCAACCAGGAUGCAGUGGCUCCUCCGUCCCCGUCUCCCUACCAGUCGGGCUCCCUUCCCCGGCCGCGGCCCGUCCCCAAACCCCGGAACAGACCGAGCGUCCCGCCCCCACCCCAGCCCACCUCGCCGGCCAGUGAUACCAAUGGGAUCUGUGCCACUGCGUACAAGAUGAUGGACCCGGCGAUGUCUUUCAAAGGGCUGAGUCGAGCGUUGGUCCCUGAGCUCGCUGUAGACCAGCAGCCAGCGACGGCCUCCUCCUCCUCCUCCUCCCUCCUGCCUCUUCCCAAAGACUGUGACCUGGACACUGAGAGCACUGUCCUAUAAGGAGACGCCACGCUCCGGUCCAGUGCCCCCACGCAUUUCCUCCCAUCAUGCACGCCUCAUGUAGUCUGCUCGCGUUUCAUCCCAGCCCACAUCUGCAACCCCCCCUCACUGCUGUUACGAUCCCCCCUGUCCAGCCUGUAUGAAGGACUUGAAUGGGACAUAACGCACCGCCUGGCAGCCAUGAUGGAGGUCCGCGGCUCGUGGUAAACGAUGGCUCUGACGUUAGAUUGUGUUCGUGUGGCUGGUGCAACAAAUAGACAAAGUUAACGUGUUGAUGCUUUGAGAGGAAGCUGCUCGUCACCACAGUUACACCUGUGAUGAUUUCUGUUUAUUGUCAGCAGUCUAACUGGGAUCAGCUUUGAUCAGCUUGUAAAAACAUCGGAUGUGCAUGCUAGCUAAUAGAUGUGGCAUUUACUGUAGCAGCUCCUACACACAUAUUAACAUCAUUCCAAGUGAAAAACUACAUGCUCAUUUCAGGUUAUCCUCAUCUAUGUUAUAUAAUGGAAGCAAAAACACUACAAACAAGCAGUUUGUGGGAAAGAUUCGAGAGAUUGUGACUUGCAUUUUUCACAGUUUGUGGACAUUUUACAGACCAAAUGAUUGAAAGAAAAUAAUCCGCUUAUUAAUCAUUAAUUGCAGCCCUAUUUAUAUGUCAAAUCACCAUAAUGGACUACUACUUCGACUUAUAGUGUUUAUAAACUGACCUCCAGCCACACCGCCACUUCUUCUUCUCUCAUUUCCAGUCAGGCUCUUUUAGCCAUUCUUUACUCACAGAGGGUCCUCCUGACCUCCAUGAUGGUGUCAGCCUCGUGACACAGAGCCUCUACACUGCAACACACGCCACCUCUUUCGUUAUACUGCGCCACCUGCAGACCGAGCUCCAGACAAUCAACAGCCAACAGCCGAAGACUGCCGUGUCACCAGCACCGCAGUUCAAAACAGAAGAAUGGGGCGUGAGGGGUGUCGGGGUGGGGGAGAAACGCCAAAACAUGGACCGACGAGACUCGUUUGGAGUUUGGUGUGAGGUGUUUUGUAUUUUUUAAUGUUGAAAAUGGUCUUAGAAGAAGAAGAACUAAAAAGAAGAGGUAUUUCUACAGCAAGGGGAGGGGGGGUCAGCAGGUAGAAGUAAAAACCAAAACUGUUGCUUCAAGUGUAGCUGGUGACUGCAGGUUUCCAGUCGUCUCAAACACUUGAUUUUUGUACCGUUUCCCCCCUCACUCCUGUAUUUAUUUACCGAUUUCAACACACACAUUCCCUGUGGCUUGACGUAAUUAAUGCAGUCUUUAAAUGUAAAUCAUGCCUUAUCGGUUCCUCCCAGAACCAUGUAAGAAGCAUUAUGUAUUUACUGUAUGGAGGAUGUACUUGGCUCCUGUUACUACAGUGUUUCCAAGAAGCUGUGUUGGCAACAAGUGUGUUUCAGGGAUGUAAGGAAGGUGACUGGACCCUCUGCGAUAGAAGUCUUGUAUGGUUCCGUGUCGUUUCAUAGAAGUUGUGUAUUUAAAUGUGUUUUGGUUGAUUUCUUUGGGUUUUCUGAGCAGAAGUAGCAGGGUUAACCGCCCUCCCAGCCUGAACAAAGUCAGUAUUUGGCCUUUCUGUUUUUCCACCGAUCUUUGUGUUUCUCCCUGGCAUUUGCCAUGAAGUUACAGCAGGCUGCAUGUGAGUGAAUGUAGUGAAAGGACAAUUCUUACCAGCCUCUUCACCCUGAACAGAAAGACGCACGCUCAGCUGAUGUUGCACUUGGCCAUUGAGUGGUUUCCUAGUCAACUGGUUUAGAGGAUUUUUUUUUUUUCAGUCUUUCCCACUGAGCUGAGAAGUCACAGCGCUGUGAACCCUCAGUAGUGAUGUGGUGUUAGACUUGUGCCAGGUCAAAAAAAAAAAAAAAAAAGCUUUUGUUGUAUUUUCUGUGUAAGCUUUGCUUUUCGGCUUUUUGGAUGUGAGACCCAACACGGUACCAAUGGAGAAAGUCUCGGAUGCUGCAGUUGCCCUGAAAAUGAGUUUUGUUUUUCAGAGCCAGUCGAGCAUGGUUGUCCCCUCCUUUCUCUCUUUGCUCCGUACCUCGCUGCCUUAUCCCUGUGCAUCAAGAGACCUUGGUGUCUCCAGGCUCUUGAAGACGGACAAAUGCCAUUAAACUAGAAACAAUUAUGCUGCAUUUUAAGCUCCAUAGUUUUGUAUGUAUGCCGUCUGGUGAGCUUAAAUAUGGAAUAAAAACAUGUAAUAUGAAUGCUUGGUUAUACCCCCUUUCCAAAGAAAAUAAAGUAUAUGAAGAAACGCUUAAUUUA